AUGGCGGAUGACAGGGAAGAGGGUAUGGACGGUAUUCGCGAGACAGAUUUAAACGACGAUGUGAUUUCCGGUGCCAUUGGAACUAAUGCAAUAACGAGUAUCGAUUUGGAAGAAGAAGACCCAAGGCGUUUCCCUGGCAUGGAUGAAAUGUUGAAAGUUGCGACUGAUCUGCAAGAUAGUGGACAUUCGGUACAACUCAACGAUUCACCGGCCGCAACGCCCAGAUUAGAAUUAGAAAAUUCUGGUGAGGAACACAUAACUUACCUAACUGCUGAGGCCUUAUUGUUAUUGGUUUUUUCGUCUCGCAGCAUCGAUUUGAAAGUUUCCCUGUUCUUUCACAAAAAAUUUGACACAUCACUCACACGUUUGGCCAAGCGAGUACUUUCCAGUAGGCAAAAAUUUGUUGUAAAGGGGAAAAUGGAAUUGAAGUUCUUAGCUAGAUGAAUCAAAGCUUAUUUGAGCCCCUUUGCUUACAUCCAAUUCGUAGCGUUAUUGGGAAGUAAAACGUCCUUAUACUCUACAACAGUACUGCUCGAAGUUUUACUAGUAAGUCCAACACAGUAAUAGAUGCUUUCUACGGUUUCAACAGUUUUCUUAAGGAAAAUGAGUGAACCUGCGAGAAAUGCUCCACACUCACAGUCUCUGAGAUAUAGUCUAUUUAUGAUGAUAAAUUACACAGGAAACAUUUAAAGAAUUUUCUGAACUUUAUGUGUCGGUCAAAUGGAAGCUUCAAUCCCCCCUCCCCUCAAGGUUAUGUUACACGGAAUGAUUCGCAACGACUAUUUUUAGCGCAACACAUAUUUACAACAUUGUUGCGACCUUGUUUCGAACAGUUGCAACAUUGUUCCAACAUUGCAAUGUAGUGUUCUUGUUGCAAAUCUUCCUGUGUAACAUCACUUUUGAUGAACAUAGGCUUCUGCGGGGUGGGAACUUGAAGGCUAGCCUCACUUCAUAUGACUUGUUGCAGCAUUCUGUUUUAGAUGCAUCGGGGUGCACUUUGAAUUACAGUCCAGGCUGAUAACUCAUAAUGACAUUAUAUCCACUGUUGUAGUAACUUCUUUAAUGUACUGUUUAGAGCAGGCAUAGCUUCCUUUUUUAGUAGCCUGAGAAAACAGCUAACAUUUUGCAUUAUGCUACCACUGGUUUCCCCAUAAAACAACAUCUGAGAAAUGAGCACAAAAUUCAAUACUGUUGAUGUGACACUACCCAGUUUUUGGUAGUGAUUCGUACUGGUCGGAAAUGGAGUUUUUGUGCUCAUUCCUCAGUGGUCAUUUCACUGGAAAAUCAGUGGUGGCAUCACAAAAUGUUGGCUGUUUUUUCAGGGUACAGUGGAACCUCGAUUUACAAACCUCUAUGUAAUGAAGUCCUCAGUAUAAUGAACGAUAUUUCCUGCCUGACUAAUAGUAGAAUAUGUGGAAAGGAACCUUGAUAUAAUGAAACCUCCUUAUAGCGAACAUAUUUUGUUGGUCCCUUGGCCCUGUGUUAUAUCAAGGUUCCACUUUGCACCGUAGCUUUAGCUUACAAUAUUCAUUUUUAUUUUUAGAAAAGUUGCUUUCAGAAAUUAUUUGACAUUAGAUUCUCAUUCAAAUGCUGUAAUUUUGCAUGUGGUUGCCUACUUGUCAACAUGGCUUCCAAAUUUGUGAUAAGGCCUGUUGCUGUGAAAUUUUAACAGAUAUCCAUCCAUGAGAGGCCCUAUAAGUGUUGGUAAACUGGUGGUGGUAACUGGCAUGUAUUGAAAGUUCUAAUUAAACUGACCUCUAUUAAGAGCAAACCCUUUAUUGAGCGGACAAGAGCAUUAGUCAGUUUUACCCUUUUCUUCCCAUAUUUUUUUUUGUAAAACAGGCCUGUGUUUUGUUUACUCCUCUAUAAACAAAGUAUUUUUCCAUGGAUGCAUGUUAAACAUAGAUUUCACUGUUCUAUUAGUUUACUUGAGUAAUAAAUCCAUGGAGGAUAUUCUUUCAGCUUGUGAUCCUCUAGCUGAUAUAUUACAGUAAAACCUCUAUGAAGCGGACACCUUCGGGACCUCCCCAAAUUUCUGCUUAAUGGAGGUUUGCAAAAAUUGCACAGUGUUUGUUAACAAUUAACAUUCAAUGGUUACUUUGUACUGUGAUAAAGUUCCAUCUUGUUAAGGGUGGAUUUGAUUGUGAAAAGCUGUGCUGUGCUUUGUGCAAGACUUUUCACGGAACUUUGAUUGCGGAUGACAAUCAUUUGGCCAGAUAUUGGCCCAAGCUACAUUUGAUUGACAGCUAAAUGUAUUGAUUUAUAAAGUAAACCAAUAGUCCAGUUCAUGCUAUUGUAUUUGUAAAAUACCUUCGAGUAAAAAGAGUAAGGUUUUCUUUGAGUUUACUGUUGUAUUAUAAACUGAGAUAAUAUUUUCAUGUGUUUUUUACACCAGGGCCAUCCUCAGUUUCGUGGCAGCCCCCUGAUGGGACAUAUCAAAAUGGCCAUCCUUCUGCUCCAGCUGUUAUUCGUCCUGGCACUGUUCAGAAAAUAGAUCACCUUAAGAAAUGGAGUAUUUCAACUUACAAAUACACUAGGCAGUAUCUUUCAGAAAGGUUUGGGAAAGGAACAAGAACUGUAGACACUGAGCUUGAAGGACAAAUUCUUUUGCUAAAAGAAACACAGGUCAAGUAUGCUAGCAUCCUGAAGCUUGCAAAACAGAUGACGCAACAUUUUCAACACAUGGUUCAAAGUCAACGCGGUCUUGCUGAUGCUUUUGCUGAUUUAGGCAUGAAGUCACCAGAGCUACAGGAUGAGUUUAACUACAAUGCAGAGACUCAAAGAUCUCUUGUCAAGAAUGGUGAAGUUCUUUUAGGUGCUCUAAAUUUCUUCACGUCCAACUUGACCACGCUUGUACACAAGACCAUGGAGGACUCCAUCGUGACAGUGAAAGCUUAUGAGUCUGCCAGAAUAGAAUAUGAUGCCUAUAGAACAGACUUCGAGACUACCCAAGCAGGACCAAGAACAGCAGCAACUGCUGUAAAAGCUGAAGAGGCCAAACAACAGUAUGAUGUGCAAAAAGAAAAAUUUGACAGGCUCCGUGGGGACUUGGCUAUCAAGCUCAGAUUUUUAGAGGAAAACAAGGUAGAGAACCUCAUUUUCCUGAACGAGUCCCUAUUACUGUUCAUGAUUUGACUGUGAUAGACGGAAAAUGGACUGUUUUUUUCAUUGUUCUUACAGACACCAAAGAACAGAAUAUAUAGACUUCAAAUAAUGAGUUUCAUUUUUAUGUGAAUUAAAAGAUGUUUAAUUUCACAACUGCCAAGUUGUUUGUAGAGGCUAUAUUUCUGGUAAUAAACAGUCCUGCAAUGAAUUGACAUGCACUGUACAGGUUGCUUUUCUCUGUAUUAUUUUUUUGCAUUUUCUGUAAGUGCUCAGAAUUCUUCUGUGUGGAAAUGAGCUUCACAGGUUAUAAAAUUUUAUGAGGUAUGGUAUUUAAAGCCUUACUUUUCGUGCCUGCAAAGCUUAACUUAACUGAUCACAUUCUUUUUUCUCUGUUUGACUUAAAUAGGUGAAGGUGAUGCACAAGCAGUUAUUGCUCUUCCAAAAUGCUAUAAGUGCUUAUUUUGCUGGGAAUAAGCAGGCCCUGGAGAACUGUAUGAAGGAGUUUCAUAUCAAAAUCAAGAGCAAUGAAGGCAAACAGCAAUCAUUUCUGGAACACUAAAAGACAGUUACUGAUGCAUCAUGUUUGUAGGUUAUAGAAAAUUUGAACAAGCAAGGACAAAAAUAGAACUGCUUGUGUGAUUUACAUCACAGUAAGCUUUCUGUUGCUAGUAAGAUGAUUUUAUUGCCUUUGAGCAUUAACUUAUUAAUGUAAAAUCUACUUAAAACCAAAGAAAAGGAGCAGAUACAUAUGGAGAAAAUAAUGUGGUUUUUAGACUUUGGCUUGUUAUCUAAAAUUUAAGUUAUGAGAAGUUAUGAUCAGUGGCUCUGUAUAUCUUUAUCUGUAUGCAAAAAGCAUCAGUAGCAUUUUUUUUUACACUGCAUGUAGUUUCAAAAUAAUAUUAGCCUUCUUAUUCCUAGAUCAUGUUACGACAAGAUUAUUUGUUCCUCUAAUUUUGAGAUCUGAGGACAAGAUCCUACUGAAAUUAAAUUUCUCACAAAACCAAUUUCAUAUAUUAAAG